AUGCACAAAAAAGAAAUAGUCGAGGCUGUUACCGUGAUCGAAACUCCGCCAAUGGUCAUCGUUGGUGUUGUUGGUUACGUUGAAACACCUCGUGGUCUUCGAACGUUAACCACCGUCUGGGCUGAACACUUGUCCGAUGAAGUAAAACGUCGUUUCUAUAAAAACUGGUAUCGUUCAAAAAAGAAGGCGUUCACUAGAUAUGCGAAAAAACACGCUGAGGGUGCCAAAGACAUUAAUAAAGAGCUUGAACGCAUCAAAAAAUACUGUCAGGUUGUUCGUGUAUUGGCACACACUCAAAUCCGAAAGGUAAAAAUAGGUCAAAAGAAAGCACAUUUAAUGGAGAUUCAGGUUAAUGGAGGAACUAUAUCAGAGAAGGUUGAUUUCGCCAAAAGUCAUUUUGAAAAAGAAAUUGAUAUCUGCUCGGUCUUUGAGCAAGAUGAGGUGAUCGAUGUUAUUGGUGUCACAAAGGGAAAAGGAUUCGAAGGUGUGACGCAUCGAUGGGGAACGAAGAAACUUCCUCGUAAGACACAUAAAGGUUUGCGUAAGGUGGCCUGUAUUGGCGCAUGGCAUCCUUCGAGGGUCAUGUAUUCGGUUCCGCGUGCUGGUCAGAACGGGUAUCAUCAUCGGACCGAAGUUAAUAAGAAGAUUUAUCGUAUCGGCAACGGCACUGACGAGGCCAAUGCAUCGACCGAAUACGAUCUUACUAAAAAGCAAAUCACCCCAUUAGGUGGAUUCCCACAUUAUGGAACUGUGAACGAGGACUUUAUUAUUAUCAAGGGUGCGUGUGUCGGGGUCAAGAAACGUGUGCUUACUUUAAGAAAAUCUUUAAUCAAUCAUACUAAGCGUUCAGCUCUUGAGAAGAUAACUCUCAAGUUUAUCGACACAAGUUCCAAAUUUGGUCAUGGUAGAUUCCAGACGGCCGAAGAAAAACAUGCAUUCCUUGGAACUCUCAAGAAGAACCUUGCACAAAGUUGA